AUGGAAAAUUCCAUCGCCGCUCUCUUCUUCACCUUCCUCCUCUUCUCGAACGCCCUGGCCGGCCCGCAGACGCAACAGCUGAUCGACCGGAUCUGCCGCCAGACCGAGGACUACGGGUUCUGCAACAAGACCUUCCACCAGCAUAUCUCGGGCGGAGAAACGGACAUGCAAGGCCUGGCUCAGAUAGCCCUAGAGCAAGGCCUGGAGAACGACACUGACACUCUGAUCUUCGCGAGGCGGCUCACGCGGCAAGUCACCGAUAAGGAUCUUCUGGACUACAUCCUGAACUGCAUCAGCGGGUACUUGGAAAUCUUGGAACCCUUCCAGGACGGGCUCAAAGCACUCAGCGAGCACAACUAUUCGGCCCUUGUCGCGCAUUUGAGAGGCACACCACAGGCGCAUGGAAGCAAGUGCGGGGCAUUCGCGGGCGGAGUUCCAAACCCUUUGAGUGAGAGGAACAGGGAGAUGAGGAUUCUCAUCACCAUGUCCCUGAAUGCUGCUUAUGCACUUAGUCGAGGAAGAGUUCGAGUUUCUAAACCUAAGCAUGGCGAUUUAUGUGUUAUUUGUUAAAGAAAUCUAGGAUGUAACAAGUAAAAGUAACGCUGACCAUGCUCAUAGGCAGCGGACGAUAAUUAAAGGAAAU